UUCACUUACACCCUGAUGCCAUUCCUUCUCUCUUUCCUCUCUUACCAUCCAAUCCUCUUCUCCCUUCUCUUGUUCUCACAGAUUGAUCAUCGCCGUUGAAUCAAUGGCCAGUCCGCACUAGAAACUGCAAUAACAUUUGUGACCAGGAUCAACGUCCAAUUUCUUUUCAUGUUUCCUACCCCAUCAAUUGCAUGCCCAGUUUCUACAUCGAUAUGAAUCAUAUAUUUUAAAGGAUUAAGGAAAAGAUCAUCCACUUUUUUCCGCAUGUUACGAACGCAAAGAAAGAAGAUUAGUGUACAAGAAAAGCGUGGUGAGCGAGGAUGUCGUGGGUAAGAUCAGCGGUGAACAAAGCGGUGGAAGUAGGAGGUCAAAGCAACCUCUCUCGUACCGUCCGCAACUACGCUGAUUCCGUCGUCCUACACGCCAGCAAUGCCGUUGCUGGUGGAGCCAAGAUCAUCCAAGAGCGAAUUGGCAAUCGGAAUAUGCAAAGCUUUAAGCUUACUGUAAAACGACUAGAAGAAGUUUCAGUUUCAUGUCGGGGAACAGAGAGGGUUCAAUUACUAAGAAGGUGGCUGGUUGCACUGAAAGAAGUUGAGAGACUGGCUGGCUUCUCCGAGCUCAAUGCAAGAGAUACAGAAGACCCUCUUGUUAGUAAUGAAUCCAAGGAUUCACCUGGAAGACCGACUCCGGUUUAUUAUGCUGACCCUGGCAUGACAGGUGAACCCAGAAAUUUUCGCGAUGUCUUUCUUUCCAGUCAAGCUCUUGAGGGCAUAACAUUGUCAAUG